AUGGGCAAGACUAAGGUCCCAUCCGGAGUUCAGAAAGAUAAAGAUGAGAGCAUAGUUUUCUUCAGGGAGCUGUACAAGCAUCAGGAAGAUACAGACGUGAACCUGCUGGAACCGAUGUACUCCGUUGAGUUUGAUGCUAUCCAAGGUGGUCAUAUGACAAAACUUCCUCCUGCUGUGAAGAGAGAUUUCCUCAUACCAAUCAACGAGAAGCAUGACUAUGACUGGCUGAAGACUCCUCCAGCUGCAUCGUUGUUUCCUCCCCUUGAGACGAAAACCAACUCCUCCGAAAUGGUUUUAGAGAAGGAGCUACCGAUACCGCGACAUGUUAAACCUUCAGCUUCAAGGUUCGCAAGCAAGCCAGAGGCGACGAAAACAUCGGUGAAGCCAUCAUCACCUCCAAGUGGUUCAUCAUCAAAGAACGUGUUCAGAGGGGCUCCAUCCAUCUCCAAUGAGAAGAACCAUCCUCACGCAAUAGACAAGAGAUCGACUUAUUACUCUGCCCUAACCGGCAGGCAGCAGAAGCCAGAUGCCACAACUGCCAAAGCUACUACUUCUGCAGGCAGCAACACAACCAAGAAACACUCGGACAGGUGCCAUGGGAGCCAGGGCAGCAGUGCAGGCGCAGCCAAGACUAUAACGAUGAUCCCGGCAGAAGAACCUUAUAAAGCACCGAAGAAUCUGCUCACGACUGGGUCUAUAUUCUCACGCCGUGCGCCAUCGAUGACAACGACGGCGAAAACUCGGCCUGGAGGUCCUGCAUUGGGUGUGGACGCCAAAGGAGAAAGCGGUAGAGCAAGGAGGCUGCCGCUUGCCACAACAAGAGGUUUCAAAGAGCUGCAUGUAGAUGGCAAGAAGAAUGCUUUGCCGGGGAAGGGCAAGGCUGUGGCUGCCACCACCAUUGAGCCUGAUGUCUACAACGGUGGUGCCGGUGAGCCUGCGUCAGUAAAGGGAGUGAGAAGAACAGACGGGAAGAACGAGCGUAGACCAAGGUUUACAACCAUGUGA